ACGUGUUUCGCGACGCCACGAUGCGAAACGUUAUGACGACGGACGUCGCACGUUGUCGCUUUCCACGGAUGCGUGUCCAUCGCGCUGUGACAUGCAUGUGAUUGCAGAUUUAUGCGUGUAUGAGGAGAUAUCAGUGGUUACCCUUAUGUCUUAUAAAGACUAUAGCAGUUCAGUGAAUAGUAGUUUCAACGAUGGAUUACGAUUAUAUGCCCUUUCACAGGGAGAAAGACUUUCAUAAUAGAUGUUGCGGUGGAAAGCUCUGGUGUAUCAAGGAUAUAUGUGGCAUCAUAUGUGCAGUAUUAACAUGGUUACUGAUCAUUUAUGCGGAGUUUGUAGUGAUGGCAGUGAUUCUUAUUCCUACGAUAAAUACGAUAUAUUCUAGCUUAAAUAUGGCCAUUUUCCAAUCUCUAGCAUUCCUGGCCUUUGCGUCGCACCUAAGAACCAUGUUUACAGAUCCGGGUGCAGUGCCAAAAGGCAAUGCAACGAAAGAGAUGAUACAACAAAUGGGAUUUAGAGAUGGACAGGUUAUUUUUAAGUGUCCAAAAUGUUGUUCUAUUAAGCCUGACAGAGCUCAUCAUUGCUCUGUUUGCCAAAGAUGCAUCAGGAAAAUGGAUCACCAUUGUCCAUGGGUUAACAAUUGUGUAGGAGAAAAUAAUCAAAAAUACUUCGUACUUUUUACUUUUUAUAUAGCGGGCAUAUCACUGCAAUCCCUGUUUCUAUGUAUACAACAAUUUACCACGUGUGUCAGGCAAGAAUGGAGGGAAUGCUCCACAUUCAACCCACCAGCGACGGUGGUGUUAUUGUUAUUUCUAGCAUUCGAGGCACUCUUAUUUGCCAUUUUUACUGCUGUGAUGUUAGGCACGCAAUUGCAAGCUAUUUGGAAUGACGAAACUGGUAUAGAACAACUUAAAAAAGAAGAAGCCAGAUGGGUACGCAAUAGCAGAUGGAAAUCGAUUCAAGCGGUCUUCGGAAGAUUUUCGAUAGCUUGGUUUUCUCCCUUUACCUCGCCUCCUAACGCAAAGACGAAAUUAGAUUCUUAUUUAUAUUCCGUUUGAAUUAUAUUUUGAUACAUAUAACCAUGACUUACAUAUAUAGAGGCAUAUUUAAGAUAUAUAAAUAUUAAUGAUGUUCGAUUAGUAUACAGGCUUGGUCUCAGAACUGAGACGAACUAAAACUUUUCUUUUAAGUGAAGAGAAAUGAUACAAGAGAAUUUUUGCAUAAUUUCUAGGAUUAUUAUGUAAUUAGGAUAUAAGGAGAUUGAAUUUAUCAUAUUGAGAAUCUUGUAUUCUCGCAAAUCUCGCAAAUUUUAUAUAUCAGUUUUCAAAGUUUUGUUUAUGAAAAAAUAUAUCUUUGUGAUAGUAAAAGUAUUGAAGGUUAAAAGUUCGCAAUAUUUAAUAUAAUUAAUUAUUAUAAUUGACUAUUUACACCUUUUGUAAAGAUUUUAUUUAUUAUUAUUAUUAUACCGGUUUAUUUUAUAUAUGUAUGUAUCAGAGAAUUUCAUAUAAUGGUUGUAUAGCUAAAACAAUUCUUGCAAUUAUAAGAGAUAAGAGGUAAGUUAAUAC